AUGGCCCGCAGCAGGGAUAGAAGAAACACCCCAGCUGAGGUGGCCAAGAAAGGACCACCUUGUGACAUAAAGGAGGUUCACAAGGAAUGGGACAAUGAUGACAAUAUCAGAAAUCGUCUCCGUGAAGGGGGUACUUUCCUAGAGCCUGGCACAGUUGUUGAUGCCGAGAAUAUCCAAAAUGCAGUCACAAACAAAAAUACUUUGAUGCCGCUUUUGUGCCGGAUGUCUGUUCUAGACAGGCGACCUUUGCCUGCAGUGGAGGAUCUUCGGGACGAAAUCAAUGAGACUCUAACUGCUAACAAAAGGGUUGGGCAGGGGGAGGUUAAAAUGAUAAUGGAGUCGGCCUCGACCUUGAAGAAACUAUGCAGUUUUCUCAAGAUGAAGUGCCGCCGAAAGGAGGUAUCCAGCGAAGGUGAUUUCCAGCUUCUUUGCUUGGCGCUGGAUCCCAUGUUGCAGGUAGAGGUUGACAACGUGAAUGCGAAGCGUCAGUCUAAGGAGCAAGUGGAGAACGAGAAUGCAGAUGAGGAUGAGUACAACGAAGAAGGAGCAGGACAGGGUGAAGAAGGAGAGGAGGAAGAACCACUAGAAGUAGACGAAGAAGUACCAGUGGAAACUGGGCCACCAAGUGAGGUUGUUGCUGUUUCUGCACCGGCGGCCAAUGGAGAGACAGGCGUAGGUCAAAGUGGAAACAAAGAAAACCCAGGGAAAGAAGUUAAGACAGCCAAGGACAAACCGCAGGAGGAGAGGACAGGAGACAACCAAGAAUCUGGAACAAACAAAGCGCCCAAAACAAAAGAGGAGAAUGAUGCAAACACAGAUCGCAAAACACGUGAUGAAAACACAGCAAAGCAAAACCCAGCACAGGCAGGAAAGGAACCCUCGGAAGGAGAGAAGCCCUUGGAAGGAAAGGAAACGAAUGACAAAGCAGGUCAGUUGGAGAAGAAUCAGAAGAGACGUGAGGAAAUCCAAGCACGCCUUGCGGAGCUUCAAAAAUUGAAGGAGGCCAGGGUGGCAACCACCACUGCUGCUGGCAAACAAGAACCAGGACUGGGGAGUUCGAGCGACGAUGCCGACACGCUGCCCCAGGACAUCAGAACCGUGCCUGUCCCACAUGACAAAUCUCCUGAGUGGACAUCUCCAGAACUUUCAGCAAAGACAAGAAGGUCUAAGUAUCAGGGUGUCAAGACAGCAGAAGAAGAGAAGGAGAGCUUAGAGAAGGUUGAAAACAAGAAAAAUGAUGGAGUUCUAGCGCACAAGCAAGAGCCUUCGCAAAAGGUUAUCGAGAAGAAGAAGGAGGAAGCGACUGACAAGGCGACGGAGAGUGAUGCCGAGGAGGAGAAUUUUGUGCGAAGAGAGGACCAACUGAGAAUGAAACCGGAAAGGGGUAGGGGUAGGGGGAAAGGAAAAGGAAGGGGGCGAGGAAACGCUAGGGAAAAGAAUGCUGGCCCCGGAAGCUUGCGAGGAAAAGGCAGGGGAGGAGGGAAUCCAAAACGAAAUGCGUCAGGUGGAAGCAAGCCUUCCGGUGCCACUGCGGCUCCCAAAACAGCCAAGGCAAAAAACAAUGCAAGCAAAACAGGCAAGGCAAAACAAACCGAUGAAAAUCAGUCUGAGUGGUGGGAGCAAGAGUGGACGGAGGAAUGGGACCAUCAGGAUGAAGAGUGGGCUUGGGGAACCUAUGAACUAGAGUCAGAGCAGGAACCUGCAGCAUCAAGCAGGAGCAAAACAAAGAAGCCUCAGAAGCCCAAGCCCAAACGCGCAACAAAGAGCCCCAGGGCAGCAAAGAAAGGUGAGACAAAGGCUGAUGCAAGCAACACUGACGAUGCCAUUGAGACCCCACCCCCCAAGAAGAAAGCCAAGACAGAAACCAAAACCAAGACAGAAGAGAAUCCCAAGGAGAAGAAGAAGGAGAAGACAUCUGACAAAAGAAAAGCCAAGGAGGAGAAGGACAAUGCUGAUGACCAGGAAAACGCAGAAGUGAAACCCAAGAAACAGCGCAGGCUUGUCGUCACCAAUGUUCAAAAUGGUGAUGAAUGUGAGCAGGUUUCCCGGGAAGCUAUCUUGGAAUUUUGCAGGCAGUUCAAAACGCGAGAGAACAAGGACCACAGUGAAGAGUCCAAGAGUGAGAUCAAAAACAAGUUGCACUUAGAUGACAGCCAUUGCACAUACAACAUCUACUGGAGACGCCCUGCGGUUGGAGCGCAUUCGCUCGAUGGUAGCACCAUCCAAUACUUCGCCUAUUCAGAAAACACCUCCCCUUGGCUAUACCGUGCUGCUGCCAUGAUGAAAGCCGCAGAACUGUUGGCAUCUCACAUGGAAGAGAUCAUCGCCGAAGACCAGAUUGCUCCCGAAAGUCAUCUGAAGGAUAAUUGGAAAAUUUGUGCCUGGAGUGACAUCUUGAAGAGGGCAAUGAAAGUUGCCGACGAGGUCUGA